GAAUCAUCUAUUCUCUUUUCCACAUUCGUGCCUGCUGUCCCUGACCAGAAUCAUGCCUCGGGGCCAGAAGAGUAAGCUUCGUGCCCGUGAAAAACGCCGCCAGGCUCGAGAAGGGCCGGAGCGUCUGGUGCCUGCUCAGACCACUGCCCCAGAGGAAGAAGAGUCUCCCUCUUCCCCAUCUCCUCAUUUCAAAGAUGCUCCCCGGAGCUCCCCUGCCACGGGAACACCCGGGAGUCCUAAAGUUCCUGGAGGAGUCUGCUCCACCAGCACUACUGCUGCAGCUGCUUCAAACACAAAAUUUAAUGAAGAUGCCAGCAAUCAAGUGGAGGAAAAGCAAAAUACCUCAAAGGCCAGGGAUACCACUGAGCAAUGUCGCAGAGGCCCUAUAGAAGAGGAAGUUGCUCUGUUGGUAUACUACCUGCUGUACAAGUAUCAAGUGAAAGAGCCAAUUAGUAAGGCAGAUAUGCUGAGAAAUGUAAUCCAGAUUUAUAAGAAUCACUUCCAUGAGAUCCUAAGGAAAGCCUCUGAGCACUUGGAGCUGGUCUUUGGCCUUGAUUUAAAGGAAAUAGAUCCCAACAGGAACAUCUACGUCCUUAUCAACAAACUGGAACGGAGCUGUGAUGCAAGAGUGAAUGAUAAUGGAGCUGUGCCCAAGACAGGCCUGUUGAUGACUGUCCUGGGUGUGAUCUUCACAAAGGGCAACCGUGCCACCGAGGAGGAAGUCUGGGAAGUGCUGAAUAUGAUGGGGUUAUAUGAUGGAAUAAAGAAUUUCAUCUAUGGGGAUCCCAAGAAGCUCAUCACCAAAGAUUGGGUGAAAGAAAAGUACCUGGGGUACCGCCAGAUGCCCAACAGCGAUCCUCCACACUAUGAGAUCCUGUGGGGCCCCAGAGCCUACGCUGAGACCAGCAAGAUGAAAGUCCUUGAGUUUGUGGCCAAGACCCAUGAUACCGUCCCCACUGCCUUCCCAGGCUGGUAUGAAGAGGCUUUGAGAGAUGAGGAAGAGCGAGUCCGAGCCAGAGUUCUAGCCAAGGCUAGUACCGCUGCCAUGGCCAGUGCACGUGCCAAGGCCACAGCCAGCAGCUUUUCCUACCCCAAGUGAAGGCUGAAGAAGGUUAUUUACUAUCUGUUUGAAGAGAACAGCUAAUGUUCUCAUUAGUGAAAAGUCAGGGUGGGGCUGGGGACCAGAGAAUAUAUAACAUGUUUGUGUUCUAUGUAGGAACCUGGAUAUUUGUUUAAAUGUUGCUCCUUUUAACAGAAAGUUUAAGUAGCUUCAGAGUAUGAGUUUAUGAAUAAGUCACUCAUUUAUUGAUGUUCAUGAGUUUUAAGAGUAAGAGUUUUACAAUUUUAUAGAAAAAAUUGGGAAAUUUUCCAUUUUAUUUAGUUACUUGGAACAUAACAUCGUAGCAUUUCCAUGAAAGAACUCAGCAGUAAAAUGCUGGGAUCAAGAAAUAGAGAGUGUAAAAGAUGAUGAAUUUUUUACAUUCCUUUAUCACCGUUUGGUCUGUUCUCUCAAGUUAAUAUAGACACACACACACACACACAUAUAUAUAUAUA